GGCAUGCAGAUUGAGCAGCUGAAGGUCGACUCCAUCGGAGGUCAGGGCGUUUCGCAAACCGAAGAGGAGGUAUCGUGUUACUGUUCAGAACAUGCUCGAGCUGCCCUCUGGACAUCUUUCCCGAAUUUGCAGCUCCCUCCCACAUGGCGACAGGAAUUCUCCCGGGCGCUGCAGUCAGGGUAGCGAGCGGGAGAAGCUUCCAGUGCUUUGGCGAUGGGGACGAGGGCCGUGUCACUUGGGUGGACCACGUGACCUUGAAGUGUGGCGUGCUGUUCGACGGGCAUGACACAGAGGUCACUGUGGCCCUUCGCUACCUGGAGGCCUUGGAAGGCGAAGUGAAGCAACUGCGCCAGAGGCCGCCGCCUAUCACGACGGAGGCGAGCCGCAAGGUGCAAGAGGUCCAGGCAUGCCUGAAGUGCGGCGCACGGACCGGCGCUUCAGACCCCUACUGCGGCUACUGCGGCGCGCGAAUCGAGGCGGAGCGGAUCCAAAGAAGUGCUCGCGAGAGAAGCAGCAGUCCCAGGCGCUCCCCGUGUUCCCCGGUCCCAAGCACUCGGAAAGAUGCGGCAAGCUCAGCGGAGAAUGGUCGUCAGACUCCCAUUGCGCGGAAGCAAGAGGAAAGGCUUGCUGCCUUGGAAGCCAGGGUCUUGGCAUUGGAGAGCCGCCUGGCAAGCACUGCUCCAACUCCGCGACACUCUGAGUUAUCUGCCAGGUUUCAGAGGGAAAUCGAGGCCUUGCGGCAAGAGCUGGAAUUGAAGUUCCAGGAGCAAGCCCGACGCGUGGAGGAGGAGGUGGUGUGGAGAUCCAUUGAGAAGUACAUGACCCCAGUGCUGGAACAACUCAGCAUGGAGGCUGCUGCCCGAACGGAGGAGAAGCUGACCGAGACGCGCUGCAGUUCGUUUGCGCCGGCUUGUUAGUGCGGUCAGCCACGCCUUCUCACUCCCCCCGGGCCGGGGGGAGCCGAACGCCAGACCUCCAAGGUAGCUCUGCCUGGUCAGAGGUGACCCAUUCACCGGCUGCAAAUGCCGAUCCGCCUCGCAGCCCUCGCACGCCAGGGGCAGGCUCCAAUGGCUCGCUGCGCACAUCUGUCCUACCGGCGGCGAUCGCUUGCGGCCGAGCGUAUCUGCCGACUGGACAGGUAACGUGUGAGUCUGCCCCUUUGCCCGGCGUGGGAAGCGCGUCCCUCGUGGCUUCAGGCAGCUUGCGCAACAUCCCUCCUGCUGCAGAAGCUCAAGCCCUGACGGCUUCCAGGCUUGAGAGAGCCCUCAAGGCUGGCAAGGUCGCCAACCGUUGCAGCAGCUGUGGCUCCGUGCAAGCGCUGGAAGCCCGGUUUUGCCGCUUUUGCGGCGCUCAAUGCGAAGCAAGGACGGAGAUCGUUUGACUUUAGCGUCGGAUGCCAACAAGGGCGUUGUCCACCUUGGGCCCGCCCUUGGUCAAGAGAAGAUUGACAAAAUGCAAGAAAUGCAGACAUAGCGAC